AUGGAUUUAAAGACAUUUGGUUUAUUAUGUGAUUUGCUUCGCACGGAUGGAAGGUUAAAGAAUGACGGUUUGGUGACUGUGGAGGAGCAAGUAUGUAUGUUCUUGCAUAUGCUUGCUCAUCAUGUUAAGAAUCGUACUAUUAGAAAUAGAUUUGUUCGAUCAGGAGAGACUAUUAGUAGGUACUUCAAUUCCGUGUUACAAGGCAUUUUAAGAUUACAAGGUAGCCUAUUGAGAGUACCGGAACCUGUAGGUGAUAACUGCACAGAUCAUAGAUGGAAAUGGUUUAAGAAUUGCUUGGGAGCACUAGAUGGAACAUACAUUAAAGUGCGAGUAGCUGAAACCGAAAAACCGAGAUAUCGGACUAGAAAGGGAGAAAUUGCAACAAAUGUGUUGGCCGUUUGCUCACGUGAUAUGCAAUUCAUAUUUGUGUUGCCGGGUUGGGAGGGAUCCGCAUCCGACUCUAGAGUCCUUCGAGAUGCCAUAACGAGGCCUAAUGGAUUAAGAGUUCCUACCGGUUAUUAUUACCUUGUAGAUGGUGGGUACACAAAUGGUGAGGGAUUUCUCGCACCAUAUAGAGGAACACGGAGGGAGAUGUCUAGAGAUCCACUAGAGUAUGAAAUAAAUGAAAUUGAAGAGACGGAAAAUGUGAUAGAAGGUGAUAUGGUUGGCACCAUUGGAGCAUCGGAUGAAUGGACUACUUGGAGGAAUGACUUGGCGUUCCAAAUGUAUAAUGAGUGGCAAGGAAAUGCGAAUAACUAG